AUGCGCGAGACGCCAUGGGAAGCGCGGCUCGAGGGCCUCGCCAUCUUCCGCCAGCUCAACGGCCACUGCACGAUGCCACGAACGUUCAUCGUUCCACACGCGCGGCCAUGGCCCAAGGUCCUGCGCGGCGCCGCCCUCGGCCGCGUCGCCGAGAACGCCCGCUUCGUCGCGCUGACGUAUGCGUCCGACCGGUUCGAGCCCCUCGACGCGCUUGGCUUUGCAUGGGCACCCGGCAGCCUUCCGCACCGCAUCCCUGGCGAAAGCCAGGAUCGGCACUCGGUGAUCAACGUCGAGCUCUCGGCGCUCGUCGCCGCCCUCCGCGCCUACACGACGGCCAUUGGCGACGUCGACGAGAUGCCCGAAGACUUUAUCGUGCCCAGUAAAGGCGCGUGGCCCCGCGCUGCGGCCGGCGUCGCGCUCUACUACGCGCUGCCGAUGUUGCGCAGCGAGUUUUACCGACUCUCGACCAAGCAGAUGGCCGCGUUGCACGGCCUGUCGCUGUGCACGGACCGACCGCCAUGGGCCGACGUCCUCUCGCUGCUGCGCACCUACGACCUCAGCAUCGGCGAGAGCGCCGUGCCGUUGGACUUUACGGUGCCGUCGAAAAAGAGCUGGCCCAAGGCCUACCACGGCUUUAACCUUGGCGAGCUCGUCUGGUACCUCGGCAUCAAGCGGCACGAGCUGCCGGACGAAAAGCGCGACGACCUCGACGACUUUGACCUCGAGUUCAACUGCGCGGAGACGUGGGCGAACAUCGUGCGCGGCCUCGAGGCGUACAUGACGAUGUUCAGCAAGACCAAGGUGCCCGUGGGCUAUGUCGUGCCCAAGCACUGGGACGCCGACGUCCGGGGCAUGCGCCUCGGGUACUUUGUGGCGAAAUUGCGCCAAGCCCAGGAGCUGCGUCUGUUGCCCAAGGAGACGGUGGCGGCUCUCGCCAACCUCGAAGACGACAAGCCGAUUCUGAGCCGAAAGCCGCCGCACACGUCGGCACCGGCCAAACCGGCGCGCGCGACGCCUGUCCCAAAGCCCACGCCUGCACCAAAGCCCGCGUCCGCACCAAAGACAAAGCAAGACCCAUCAACGUUGAAGCGACGGGCGCCGCCGACACGGGAGCCCGACCCGUCGCCAGAGAAGAAGCGGGCGCGGGUGGACGUUCCGACACGGCGCGAGCUCGCGGGCGGGCUGCCGUGGGCUGACAUUCGCACGGCGCUGGCGACGUACCGUCUCGUGCAUGGCAACACGCGCGUGCCGCAGUCAUUUCUCGUGCCCAAGAAGGACCGCCGCUGGCCCAAGCACCUCUGGGGGCUCGCGCUCGGCGCCACGGCCCAAAACGUCCGGUACCGCCGCCACACGUUGCUGCCCGAGCAGAUCGAAGAGCUCGAAACGAUCGGCUUCGUUUGGCACUCGACGGUCGGCACCAUUUCGUGCAGAACCGAGUCCUUGUACGCCGCAACCUCCUUCACGAGCCUCGUCGACGCCAUCGAGGUGUUUGCAGAAGAGCACGAUCAUCUCAACGUCCCCGAAGGCUUCACUGUCCCCAGCGGCGCGCCGUGGCCGCCCAAGGCCGCCGGUGUCCUUCUGGACGCGAUCCCGGCUCGCUUGCGCCAGCACUUUUACGAUCUGACGCCGGCCGACGCUCGCAGCGUGCAUGAGCUCGGUCUGUGCUUGGACCUGCCCCGGUGGACCGGCCUCCUCAUGCUCCUUCGGCGCUUCAAGUCGCUCUUUGGGCACGGCAACAUCGGCAUCGAUUUCCAUGUACCAGCCACCGACAAGUGGCUCCCGCGGUGGCACGGACUGCCCCUCGGUGAAAUUACGUACGGCAUCGGCCUCACGAUGGUAAGCUUGUCGCCGGAGCGAGCCAAGCAGCUCGCCUACACGGGCUACGUCUUCAACACGCCAGCGACUUGGGCCCGCGUCGUCGCCGGCCUGCGCGAGUACCGCCGCCAGUGCGGCACCCUCGCCGUGCCGCUGACGUUUGUGGUGCCCAACAAAGCGUCGUGGCCCGAAGACCUCCGCGGCCUGCACCUCGGACGGUACAAUCGCCGACUGCAGCAAGCAAAGCCGCUGCACAUGCUGCCGCCCGCCACGGAACGCGACGUGGACGGCCUCCAAAAGGACGCGCCACCGCCUGACUCGUCGGUGCUGUUUUCGAACGUCGUGACCGCGCUCGAGAUCUACCACGCCAAGCAUGGGCACGUGGAUGUUCCGAGUGACUUUAGGACGACGUCGGGACCACCGUAUCCCAGGGCGUGCCGCGGCCUCUGGCUCGGGCGGGUCGUCAACCUCAUUCGAAAGCAACCGACGAUCGACGCGCAGCACAAGGCGACACUGGACGCCCUCGGCUUUCGCUGGAGCAAGAAGACGUCGUCGAUCAAGGUCGAGGCAGCUUCCCGUAGCGACAAGACCACAGCCAGAGAGAGCUCUGCAGCCAAGGACAAGAUAGCCGCCAAGGACAAGAUAGCCGCCAAGGAGAAAGCCAAGGACAAAGUCGCAGCCAAGACGGACAAGCGCACAUCGAUGGCGCCCACGGAUCGCGUGGCUACCAAGAGCCGUCGCGUGCCAGACAUCAAGGAGGAGCCACCGGUCAACAUCAAGCUCGAGGUCGUCCAGAACACGCCGAGAAGCAACAAAGCCAUGCCGACCGAGUCGAGCGACCCGGCGCCGUACAGCGAGUGGAGCUGGGACGAGAAGAUCCACGCGCUCUGUUUGUACCGAGUCAAGAACGGUCAUCUCGCGGUGCCCGAUGCCUGCAUCCUCCCGCUCUCGUACCCGCGGCGUCUGCGCGACAUGCCGCUCGGCAAGAUUGUGUCGCAUCUGCGCUUUGGCUCCAAGCCACUCUUGCCGUCGCAAAAGGCCGAGCUGGACGCGAUCGGGUUUCUAUGGCGCGUCUCGGGCGUCCGUUCCCGCUGCUUCAUCCGCCCGGCCGGCUCGACGGCGCUGCAGGCCAAGUCCAUGUCGUGGGGCACCCAAAUCCAGGCGCUGCUGACGUACCAGCUGCUCCACGGGACGCUCGACGUGCCCGAAGGGUUUGCGGUGCCCUCCGACAACGACGCGUGGUCGACGCCGGCGCAUGGCAUCGUUCUGAGCCUCGUGCUGCCGGCGCUCCGAGAGCACUUGUACGAACUCCCGGACGACGAGGCCGCCCUCGUGCGCGCGUCGGGUCUCGUGACCGACCUGCCCGAUUUCGACACGCUCGUUGAUCUCGUCGCAAUCUACAACGACACGGUUGGCAACGGCGCCGUGGCCCGCGACUUCGUCGUGCCGUCGUCGGGCGGCGACUGGCCCGACGACUGGCGUGGCUUGGAGCUCGGCGACCUUCUUUGGCGCGUCGGUCUCAAGUCCCGGUCGCUCAAGACGGCCCAGACGACGCAACUCGCCGACGCUGGUUACGUCUUUAACGUCCCCGCGACGUGGGCGCGCAUUCUGGACGGUCUGCGCACGUACUACUGGAUCCACGGCGCCACGACGGUGCCGCCGACCUUCGUCGUGCCUCCCGCGCGUGCGUGGGCGUCGGACCUUCACGACAUGCGCCUCGGCCACUGGUUUGCGACGAUGAUGACGGCAAGAAAGCACCUGCUGCUUCCGCAAGAGACCAUCGAUGCCAUCGACGCGCUGGCAAAUGACAUCGUUGACGUUGCAGCGCUGCCGGCGCCCGUGCUGCGCAUCGCCACACCGGUGUCCGCGUCUCCCGUAGCGACGGCAAGAAGUCUUCCGGUAUCGUUGCCGCCGUCUCCAGUAGCGACAGCAGUCAGUGCCCCAACAUCGCCGCCGACGUCUCCAGUGGCAACGGCUGGUGCGUUGGCGCCAUAUUCGGCCGCGUCGUCGCCAUAUUCGCCUGCGUCGUCGCCCGUCGUGACGGUGCGUCAUGCCCCGGUGUCGACGACGGUUCCCCUCUCGUACGUGUACUUGGACGACGAUGACGACGACGACGACGACGAUGACGAUGGCGGCGACGACGACGGUGGCAUCCAGGGCUAUUUUCGUGUCUAGCACCCGCUUGCUACGUGCAAGGGCCUUGUACCAAUACAACUCAUUUGUUC